GGCCGGCCAGACCCCGCCGCCCAGACCUCCAGCGCUGCCCGCCGCCCCACGUGACCGCGCCGACCCUCGCUUCCCAGCUCCACAGCAGCCCGCUCGUCAUGGCCCGCUUCGCAGCCCUCUUCUUAGCCCUGCUGGCGGGAGCUCACGCCGAGAUUCCCGGCUGCAAGAUCCGCAUCACCUCCAAGGCGCUGGAGUUGUUGAAGCAGGAGGGACUGCGCUUUCUGGAGCAAGAGCUGGAGACUAUCACCAUUCCGGACCUGGGAGGCAGAGAGGGCCACUUCUACUACAACAUCUCCGAGGUGACGGUCACAGAGCUGCAGCUGACAUCCUCUGAGCUCCAUUUCCAGCCAGAGCAGGAGCUGGUGCUGCAAACCAGCAACUCCUCCUUGGGGCUGCGCUUUCGGAGACAGUUUCUCUACUGGUUCAUCUAUGAUGGGGGCUAUAUCAAUGCCUCUGCCCAGGGUAUAUCCAUCCACACUGCUCUGCAGCUCUCCCGAGACCCCACUGGCCGAAUCAAAGUGGCCAACGUCUCCUGCCAGGCCUCUGUCUCCAAGUUGUACGCAGCCUUCGGAGGAACUUUCAGGAUGGUGUAUGACAUCCUCUCCACAUUCAUCACCUCAGGGAUGCACUUCCUCCUCAACCAGCAGAUCUGCCCAGUGAUCUACCAUGCAGGGACGGUGCUGCUCAACUCCCUUCUGGACACUGUGCCUGUACGAAGUUCUGUGGACCAUCUCGUUGGCAUUGACUACUCCCUCCUGAAGGACCCCGUGGUCUCCACCAGCACUAUGGACAUGGACUUCCGGGGGGCCUUCUUUCCGCUGGCCCAGGGGAACUGGAGCCUGCCUAACCAGGCAGUGGAGCCCCAGCUGCAGGACGAGGAGCGGAUGGUGUACGUGGCCUUCUCUGAAUUUUUCUUUGACUCAGCUUUGGAGAGCUACUUCCAGGCGGGGGCCCUGCAGCUGUCGCUGGUGGGGGACAAGGUGCCCCACGACCUGGACAUGCUGCUGAGGGCCUCCUACUUUGGGAGCAUUGUCCUGCUGCAGAGCCCUGCAGUGCUAGACUCCCCGCUGAAGCUGGAGCUGCGUGUUGUGGCACCACCGCGCUGUACCAUCAAGCCCUCCGGCACCACCAUCUCUGUCACGGCCAGUGUCACCAUCGCCCUGGUCCCACCCAACCAGCCCGAGGUCCAGCUGUCCAGCAUGAUCAUGGACGCCCGUCUCAGUGCCAAGAUGGCCCUCCGGGGGAACGCGCUGCGCGUACAUCUGGACCUGCGCAAGUUCCGAAUCUACUCAAACCAGUCUGCACUGGAGUCCCUGGCACUGAUCCCGCUACAGGCCCCUCUGAAGACUAUGCUGCAGUUUGGGGUGAUGCCCCUGCUCAAUGAGCGGACCCGACGUGGGGUGCAGAUCCCACUACCCGAGGGGAUGGACUUUGUGCGAGAGGUGGUGACGAACCACGCGGGCUUCCUCACCAUUGGGGCUGACCUCCACUUUGCCAAAGGGCUGCGAGAGGUGAUUGAGAAGAACCGGCCUGCGAACAACAUGGACUCCGGGAUACCCAGUGCCCCACCACCUUCCACAGCAGCUGUCUGAACCCUCAACCCCGCCCCUGGCAGUUGCAUUCAGGACCAAUGCCUCUUAUCCCCUCCUUCACCCCCUCACAGCUUACAGUACCCUCUUUAACCCCCAGUGCCACAGAGAAGAAGAGGUUGUAAGUGGUACCAAAUUUAAUUCCAUAAUCACACUCAGUCCAUCAAUUACAGUCCGUCCAACCUCCCA